GUCCACCAUUUUCUGUUCGUGUAUAAAACGUAAUAAAGUUGAUUUUUCUCUUGGUUGAAAAAAAUAAAAUUUAUAUAGAAAAGGUAAAGUAGCAGCGACAAUUUAUUGGUGUACAAAAUAAUAAACAAGAUUCCGUUUGUAAAAUUUCCCCACAACGCUAAUAACAAAUAAUCAUAAUGGAAGAUAUCAAGCAGUUAUUGCAACAGAAUGUCUACCGAUAUGACUCGACGGACUCAAAUGCAGCCACCGAUAGUGAAGAAAGUACAAUUUCUGGAGCAAAAAUCGGUUUAAAGGCAAUUUGUCAGGGUCGUAUGCCAACUAGGCGACCCAAUCCAAAUAUCCAAAAUAGAAAUGCUUUGUUGGCACGGGAAAAUCGUCGAAAGAAGAAGGCACACUUGGAAGCAAUGGAGAAAGAGUUGGAGGAAACACGAGCUGCCAAUAAGCAACUUAAGAAGGCGCUGAAACAACAAAUGAAAGCAGUAGGCCAACUUCAACGAGAGAAAAGGUAUUUUCAGAGCGUUAUAGCAAAUCACAAAGAAAUAGAGAAUCUUAUUAAAGCUCUGAAUGUUCGAAUGCAUGUUCAGCAGACCCCUGCCGUAAGUUCCCCGAUGCUGAGCUCUCCCGCACAUUCCUAUGCUAGUCAGCAUUUAUGUCAAUCACCAAGUAUUUUACAGCAAUCGAGCAGUGUGGAAAAUUCUGAAUGGAAUGGCGCUUCCACGUCGGAAACUUCGGAAAAUGAUUUUUUGCCUUCGUCAUCUUUUGAUGAAACGUGGGCCGAUCUCCUUUGCGAAGACUUUGGAACUAAAGGUUUAACCAAACUAACUACGGUUGGCGGAGAGCAUAGUUAUGCGGAUGUCGAUCAAGUGCCAGCACUUGAAAAUACAGAAACUGAUGCGGGCAUCUGCUUACAUAUAAGGCAAGGAAAGGUGUCUUUAGAGUUUUGCCCAAAUUGCAGUUGGAAUUCUGAUAAUUAUCCGACUGUAGAUAUUUUGCAAAACUAAUUGUUAAUUUAUUUGUUCUUUUUAUACUUUUAGAAAACUAGUCUAUUAAUAUUAUUUAUGCUUUAAUGAAAUGUAAACUUUUGCCAUCGGUAAUUCGGAGUGCGUAAAGUACUAAGGUGGGUUUAUGUCCCAAAGAGAAUUGGUUUAAAUAAUUGAACAUAUUGUUUGUUGCAAUUUUCAGCAUACUAACCGGCACAAUCUAACAGGGCCCAAUCUAUUUACAACAAAAAUGCAAACUUCAGGUUGCUGAAUUUCAAAACGAAUUGUGGUAAUUCGGUAAAUAAUUUUUAUGAAUUUUAUUAUGACUUGACUCAAUUUAUUAAGCAAGAUAUCAGGUAUAAGCAAGUACCUUAUAUUUUAUAGCACUCCGAAUUAUAUUCGAUGAAAUGUUAUUUGGUUGUAUCAUAUCUUAAGAAGAUAUUGUACUUUAAUAAAACUGAAAUUAAUUAUA